UUAGAAAUCAAUAAUUUCCUCCGGUCCUGGGAAAGUAUUGCGCGCGCCUACGUUUCCCAAUUUUCACUGAACACCGAACGUCCGCCAUUCCAAGCUCGAAAAUCGAAGGGAAACGUUCAGUUUGCAUGUUGAAGACUAAAAAUAACGCCGACGCAUUCCAAUAAACGGAAAAUUCGUGUGCGUUUUUCGAAAAACUCUCUUUCUCGUGUAUGGUGUAAUCUGUACGGGCCUCGGAUGAGUCGUGUAGCAACUUCAAAUGUUUUGAAUUUUAUGUGGGGGUGAGUGCGGGCGCAAUGGGGCGGGGGCAGAGCUCGCCCAUGGAGCUCGGCUAGAGGUUAACCGGCGGCUGCCGCCCGCCGGCUGCUCACCGUUGGCUGCUCACCGGCUGCCCCUCUGCCGCCCUCACCCCGGCCCUGCACGCAUGGAGCCGGACCACCGCGACCACAAAUGUCAUAGGCCCAGCGCCUUUCAAAAGAUGGAAGGCCUGGUUCGUGAAAUGCAGGACACGGAGCAUGGGGGCGUACCAGUCAGAAGCCAAAAACUAUUUCUGACGUCUAUUCCAGCUGCUUUCAUGGGAUAUGACCUAAUUGAAUGGCUGAUGGAGCGUCUCGGAAUUGAAGAAUCCGAAGCAUUAAAUAUCGCCAAUCAAUUGUGUCAGUAUGGAUAUUUCUUUCCAAUAAGCGAUUCCAAAAACCUUGUAGUCAAAGAUGAUAGUUCGUUGUACCGAUUUCAGAAUCCAUAUUACUGGCCCUGGCAGAACAGGCCGCCCGAUAACGUGGAGUAUGCCAUAUACCUUUCGAAAAGAACGCUCCGGAACAAGCAGAGGCACGGGCUCGAGGAGUACGAAAUCGAGGCGAUGAGCAAUCUCAAGAAAAAUCUAGCCAACAAAUGGGAUUUUAUCACCCAGCAAGCAGAAGAACAGGUAAAACUAUCUAAAGGUUUAAAGAAAGCAGACAAACUAGUGAGCGAUUCGCAAGAACGAGCCUAUUGGAGAGUCCACAGGCCGCCCCCGGGAAUGGUAAGUUCUUUGGAGCCCUGUCCUGUACCUACCAGAAGCUGGAACGGCGGCACAAGAACCAGAAAAAAGACUAUCGAAGACUGCAAAAGGGAGGUGGAGCUACUGAAGAACAGUUUGUCCAGGACGAGGGUGAAGGUAUCGCAAGCUUUGGAAGGUAUGGUACAAUACGUAGAAAUCUACAUGGAAUACGAUCCGUUAAUAACCCCAACGCAACCGUCGAAUCCAUGGGUGAGCGAAGAUCUGACGUAUUGGCAGCUGAACAGCCCUCUCGAGGUAAUGAUGCACCGUUUAAGGAAAUCUUUUGAAGUUAUGGUUAAAAGGGUGGACGUCCCGACCGAAAAACGGGUCAGAAGAUGGGCAUUAUCGAUGGAAGAACUCGUAUCGGAUCCCACGGGCCUGCAGGAAUUCACGAACUACCUCCGAAAGGAGUACAGCCACGAGAACAUCAGAUUCUGGAUGGCCGUGCAAGAUUUAAGAAGAUCCGCCCAAUCUCAAAUAGCGUGGAAAGUGCAGGAGAUUUUCGACGAAUUCUUAGCGCCCGGCGCCCCUUGCGAAAUCAACAUAGACGGCAAGACGAUGGAGAAGGUACAGCAGGAAAUGAAAACUCCCACUCGGUUCACUUUCGACUCCGCGCAGGAACACGUGUACACCUUGCUGCUGAAGAAAGAUUGCUACCCUAGGUUUAUUAGGUCCGAAUAUUACAAAAAUUUGCUCGCAACCGGCAUACAACCUUCGCAGAAAAAACGUUUUUUCGGGUUCGGCCAAACCAAGAAAAAAGUGUCGACCACCACGGCGCCCAACCAGCAGCUGUUGCAGCAGCAGCAGCAAUCGUCGCAGGGCACGGUGGUCAUGUGCGGGGCCCUCUCGAAGCGGAGGGGCAGCGACAGGAGCCUGUCGGGAUCGGCGCACGAGCUCGCCAUAUCCGGCGUGAAGGAGACCAAGGUGCCGCACUCUCACUCGCAGAGCAACCUCAGCGACAUACCCUACAGAGGAGACCUGGCGCGCAUUGCGAAGCUCCCUGCUGUGACAGCAGUCACUUCGUGCAAUCAGACUCAUUCAAACGUCAGUCCAGUGAAAAAGCCUAGCAUAGCAAUCGUCGCCGGCGCCUCGACGUCCGAAGACGUCUGCCCUUGGGAGAGCGGCGCCGCCGAGCCGAGAAGCCGGAAGAACUCGGCAGCCAUCGAUUCCGGCAGUUCCUCGUCCGAUCUCAGCGUGGCCAUCACCGAAGUGUCCGAAAAGGUGCAACGGUCCUGCAUGCUGACGCAACAGCACACGCUCGACAGCUGCCGCAACCUGUCCGCCCAACCGGCGGAGCCCCAGCGGCGGGCGUCGGUGUCGGUGCCCAUCCAGCACUCCUCGGAGCCGGCGGGCUCCUCCAGGCGCAAGGUGUCGUCGUUCGAGGAGAGCUCCGCCGCCGGCGGUUCGGCGUCGGCGGCGGCCCAUCCGCCGUCGAAGCCCAGCGCGCCGGCGAACCUUAGUGAGACGGACAAUAAAACCGACGAAAAAGUUUCAAAGACUUUAAAAAAGAGCCAUAGCCUUUUAAAAACUUUUACUAGUGCGACCGGAGGGGGGUCGAAUGCGCCUACGAUCAGUGUCAGUCCGGUUAUGGAUGACGUUCCUAGCGAAGAGAGUAGUAGUAAUACGAGGAAGGAUGAAAAGGACGAAUUGUCGAUAUAUUGCAUACAGGAACCGAUGGCGCCGCUGGCGGAGCCCGACAGCGAGUCGCCGGGAAGCGAACUGCCCCCGUCCGAAGUGGGCGAAAUGCUGGAGAGGGAACAGGAAGUGGAACAAGGCGAAUGCGAGGGGCAAGUGGCGCAGGAACAAGGUGAAGCUAAGGCGAACGACGUGUGCCCCUGGGAAGACGAGGAAACUUGCAAAGUUGACACUCCUUUUGUGAAGACCUACGCAACGUUAGGAUAUCUCUAAAUAGAAAAAAAAAAUCAAGUAUUAUGUACUAUGUCACACUCGGUGAAAAAUCGAAAUAUUGAAAGGAGUGGCCAAUGAUAGAAAUGUUUCAAGAAAAGAUGGUGAUGUUUUUACUUUUUGUCUUUAAGAAAAGGUAAUACACAGACGUGCAUCAAUUUUGUUGAAAAUUUUCGUUAGCACAUUCGAAAAUUUGAUGAAUAAUUAAUGGUUUACAGGGUGUAUAUAUUUCAGCUAUUUUUUUAACGGCUUCGAUUUUUUACAAAAAAAAGCCUAAAUUUGUAUUGCCUAAAUAUACAAUGCACAUAAUUCAUUAAAAUAAAACGUAUGAUAGUUCAUAAUUUCAAUUUUUGUGUAUUCAGAAAAUUCCCACCAUAUUUUUCUGGCAUUUCUUUAAACGAAACGGAUGACGACUAGAAGUUAAAUUGGCGUAUAUAGUCAUAGUAUAGUUUUACAAAUUCAUGUUGACUAUAAUUACCUUCGCAAGUUGGUUUAGCUCAAGAUAUUUGCUCACAAGUCGUUUAACCUCUACCUAAAGCAUAGUUUUUUUCACGAAAAUAACGAAUAGUUUCCUCUCCACUGUUUUACACGCACGCUAUGAUAUUAGAUGUAACCAAAAAAUUAUAAAAACCUAAUUUUACAGCCCUACACAGGUACAUUUUAAACGAUUCUUUUGACGUUACUAAAAAUCGACGACUCGCAUGGAAAAGACUUUCCUGAGCCCUUAAGUCAUUCUUGUUGAGACCUUAAUGCUUAGUAACGUUCUCGAAGCGAAAGAUUAAUGAAAAAUUCACGAGACUGUAAAAGGCUUUUGUAGAGUUGUAUAUAACAUAACUUCAGUUUCAGUGAUUUCGUUUUGAUUCAAUAAUAAAAUUAAAUCAAAAUUUUAUCAGGCAAUGAUUGCUUUACUAAUUCCCUUAUAAAAUAUACAAUAUUCCUACAACUAUUAAAUAUUUAAUACUUACUUAGAAGUUUCACAGUAAAUCUCAGAAAAGAUUUUCUAAGAAAGAAACAACACCUCCUUCUUGAAUGUUUAAUUUAAUCGAUAACAAUUUAGUCGAUACAACGAAAUCACCGAAACAUUAUCCAGUAUUGUAUUUGUAUUACACAAUUAAGGUAUUUUACGAAAAUGUACGUCGUUGAUAUUAAUAAACAGUAAUUGUUCGCACACGAGUAUCUAAUUAGAUGUUGAAUAAAAAUUAAAAAAAGAGCAGUUGAAAAACGGUGCAGUUUUCAACGGGUUCGCAUAAAAAAUUGUAUGUCUUACACUAAUAUUUACCUACUAUAUUAUAAGCACGAGUUACAUCAUAUACAAUGAAGUUAUAUGUUGUAGUAGAAAGUUUAGAUAUACGUAGUUUUAAUGUUAAGGUAACAGGUCCAAACGAAAUUUUUCGUUAGUUUUUCAAUCUCCCACAUUACCCAUAUUUACAUAUUAAAUACACGAAAAUAAUGUCCUCAUAAAGAAAAAAAUAUUUAAUCACUUUGUAUGAAUAAAGGAAUAGGAGAUUUGAAGGAAAUAAAUUGGUAAAGUAGGCGCUUUUUAUAAUUUUUCUGGUUACAAUUAAUUGCAUAAUGCACAUGCAUAGUUUAAAUGAGAAAUUUAAAUUCGCUUUAAAUAAUAUAAUUAUUGACAAUACUGCAAAAUCAAAAUCAAAACAAAUUUUCUCGCGUUUCUAGACGAGAUGAUAAUUAGCUGAUAAUUAAUCAGAAUCGUUACGUAAAACUGAUUAAAUAAAUCAAAAAUAAACUAUUGAUUACACCCAGAGUGGUCAAAUUUUGUGCUUUUAACAGUAUUUUCUUUGUGGAAAAUAUCGAAUGCUAAAGUAUCUUGUGAGCAAAUUAAGUGUAUCGAAUUUUUAAAAUCUGGCUUAUAUUUAUCUAAAAUAAAUAUUCGUUCGAAUUUGUUUAAUUGUAAAAUUGUAGAAUGAUUGUUGUUGCGCUUUGAAAAAAAAAUCAGCUACCGCGUGUAGCUGGAAAUGGCCUCAAAAAUAACAUACAGUGUAUGCAAUAUACAAAAUACAAUUUGUAUGUUGUUAUUCAAACUUUACGUAUUUAGGCGAGAGAGCUUGAACAAAACUUUGUUGAAAGAAACUGUACUAUAUUUAUUUGAUGAAAUAUAGGGUGUUUUUAAAAACUCUAAAAUAUCCAAAUUGUUCGUGUCGAAGCGAACAUUUUCUUCCUGCAUUUUUAUCGAAUUUAGUAAAAAUCGCGAAAAAGUCACCCUACAUUUGUAAGUAAUUUACUUGAAUUGUACCAAAAAUGGUGUACCUAAGCUUAAAAUAUCCUACAAAUAAUUUAAGUACAUUCAACAAUCUCGCCUGUAAUAAAAUUGUAGUAUGUGUAAAUAAAGUCCAAAUUUCGGGCUUAUAUGAUUGUCAAAAAUACUCUAAAUGGUCAGUGCAGAUUUUCAGGCUAAUUUUAUGACACUCUGAACGAGAUCCCAACUCGAAUAGCAUAUAUGGAUAAGUAAUAAAAACAGAAAAUUUCAAAUUGUUUUCUUAUAGAUUAAAAGAUAUUCUCGAAAUAUUGUAGGAUGUAAUUGUACUUAGAGUGAUUCAAUGAUAAUGCAUGAGAAAAAUUUAAAAACAGUAAUUAACUUUAUAUACUUCAAUUAUAAAUAUCGGGUUAGUUAGUUUGUAUAACUAAUAAUGUUUUAAAUAAAAAUAUUUACAUUGAAUAAUAAAUAUUUUUAUUUUAGUAACAAAUUACUUGUAAUUUACGAAAGAUAGACUUUAUUGGGAGUUGAAAAUAGAUUUAAUUUUUUAAGCUAAUUUUAAAAUUAGAAUCUUUAUCAAAUAUGAAAUUUAUGUUAACAAAAUUAAAAAAAAUAUUAGUGGUGCUAUUAAAUAUUUUCUUGUAUUUUAAUAGUUCUGUAAAAAUUUGUAAUUAAUUGGAAAACUCAUUGUUGAGAUCUUGAUCAGAGUAUUAUUUAUAAUAAAUGUUUGAUUAAACAGCGUUGUGGCCGGCAAAAUUCAAGAUUGCUGCCAGUUUAAGAAGAAGUUAGUGAUGUAUAUAGUUUUAUAAGAUUAGCCAGUGUAUUGUACUGAUAAUAUUAACUUUAUUGUAAUUAUCAUUUAAUUUCUUAGACAUUGUUAAUAGAUUAAAAUGUUAUUAUUGUAGAAAUAAAACGGAUAUGUG